AUGUCGAAGACUGUCGCAGAGUUCAUCGGCAGACGCAUUACAUACGAGUCACCACUGCCCAUCAGUGAGGUGACAGCACGUCUGGAUGUGGAGCUUAACAAAGACAACACGGGGCCAAUUCUCCUUGACUUCUUGAAUACCGUCAAGACCCGGGAAGAACUCGAUAGCGGUAUGAAACAAUUCACUGGUGGGAACGACUUCGUUUUUUUCUCCGAAGCGCUUUUCCAAAAUUGGCGUAAUGCCUACUACGGGAAGCCGACACCGGAGAUCAUUCAAUACACACUCGGCAACCCUCUGGUAGCCGAGACGAUGAUGCGACACGACAUACGCACGGCUUUGUCAGUGCCAUUCCGAAUCCUGGUCGCAGAAAGGCCCGACGGACGUGGGACGCAGUUGUCGUAUUUCCAGCUGAUGCCCCUUAUCGCAGUGCCUGAGGGAGGGGAAGUAAACCACAAGUUGAGGGCCGCAGCGGAGAAGCUGGAUGCCGAUGCAGAGCAGCUGGUACAGAAGGUUUUAGAGCUUCCCGCUACAAAGGAGCGCCUUGCCAAGCUGUAA